AUGACGGUGCAAGCUACCAUGACAAAAAGAAGAAAGGAAUCGCCAUUGACAUCAAGGCUUGAUGAACUUCCUGCGCAUAUCUUGAGAUCAAUCUUCCACAGGAUAAAUUUCAAUGAUCUUGUUCAAGCCAAAUCCGUUUGUCGUUCAUGGAACUUACUUGGAGACGAGCUUACUUCAAAGAUGCCAUGGCUCAUGCUUCCUUCCAAGAAACAGGUUGAGGAAGGAGAUGGUAUUAACGUUAACAACAAUGGCUACCAUGGGUUUUUGAAUCUCAUGGAAAAUCGUCUUUAUAGCUUGAAGACGACGCCCAAGGAGUUUAGUGAAUGUUGCUGCAUUGGUUCUUCACAUGGAUGGUUGGUUUUCUUGCAAGAGAAGGAAGUCCCGUUUCUGUUUAACCCUUUCAAGCAAGUGAAGAUCGAACUCCCUUCUGUCGAUCGUCUGCUAGGGUUGGAAAAGAUGGUACGAAACGUUGAUGGUGAAUUCGAACUUAAUUACCUCAAUGUCUUAAAAGGAUCUCGUACGUUUAUGUUUAAGUUGUGUCAUGGGAAACAACAAGUGCGAGAAUGUUUAAUUCAGAAAGCGAUUCUGACCGGAAAAGAAGAAAACAACGACAAUGGAAACUGUGGUCUGGUUUUGCUUUGUAAUAACGGUGAGGAGAUUGCACAUAAUGCAAUUGGAAGCGAUUAUUGGACUAUUCUUGACUUCAGCCAUCCACCCUAUCAGGAUAUCAUAUGUCAUCGAAACCGUCUCUAUGCUUUAAGCGACAAAAACAGUAUCGAAGUCUGGGAUUUCCACAUCGGAGGCAACCAUGUCGUCAAAAAGUCCGACUUCAUUUUUGCUUUUCCCCACAAGUCGCUUGCCGAAGAAAAAUCGUUGAGAGAUGUUUGCACCUGCAGGUUUUACUUGGUUGAAUCGUGUGGGGAUCUUUUGUUUGUGGUGAGGUUCAGUGGGGAUUAUGUGGAUUGGGAUGGGACAUUGCUUCAUGAACAUGAUCUUUUGACAGAAGGCAGCAAUCACCCCAAGGUUUGUCCUUACAGGACCUUCUUGUUCCAUGUUUACAAGAUGGAUUUCAAUGAGCUCAAGUGGGUGGAGAUGGAUACUUUAGGUGAUCGCGCUCUAUUCUUGGGCGGAAAUCAGUCGGUUUCGGUGUCGACUCGGUGUUUUCUGAACUGCGAAAAGGAUUGCAUUUAUUUCAGUGAUGAUUGUUGGGAGAGGAUGGAAGAAGAUUACUUGUAUGGUGGGCAUGAUGUGGGGAUAUAUAACAUGAAAGAUGGAAGCUUGAAGCCGGUUUUUGAAUUUUCUUCGGACAAGAUUCAGCCACCGCCUUGUUGGGUCAUCCCAGACUCAGCCAUGUCUGAAUCCUAG